CCCCCCCCCCCGGCCAUGGCCCCGCGUCUGCAGCUGGAGAAGGCCGCCUGGCGCUGGGCGGAGACGGUGCGGCCCGAGGAGGUGGCGCAGGAGCACAUCGAGGCGGCCUACCGCAUCUGGCUGGAGCCCUGCAUCCGGGGAGUGUGCAGAAGAAACUGCAAAGGGAACCCAAAUUGCUUGGUUGGGAUUGGUGAACAUGUCUGGUUAGGAGAGAUAGAUGAAAAUAGCUUUCACAACAUCGAUGAUCCAAACUCCGAACGGAGGAAAAAGAAUACAUUUGUGGGCCUGACGAACCUGGGAGCGACCUGCUACGUCAACACCUUCCUUCAGGUGUGGUUUCUCAACUUGGAGCUGCGGCAGGCUCUGUACCUCUGUCCAAGCACGUGUAGUGACUACAUGAUGGGGGACGGCAUUAAAGAAGAGAAAGAUUAUGAGCCGCAGUCCAUCUGUGAGCAUCUCCAGUACUUGUUUGCAUUGUUGCAAAACAGUAACCGACGUUAUAUUGAUCCAUCAGGAUUUGUUAAAGCUUUAGGUUUGGAUACAGGACAGCAACAGGAUGCCCAAGAAUUUUCCAAGCUCUUUAUGUCUCUGUUGGAGGAUACUCUGUCUAAACAAAAGAAUCCAGAUGUCCGGAACAUAGUCCAGCAGCAGUUCUGUGGCGAGUAUGCAUAUGUCACCGUCUGUAACCAGUGUGGGCGAGAGUCUAAACUUGUAUCAAAAUUCUACGAACUGGAGUUAAAUAUCCAAGGACACAAACAGUUAACAGACUGCAUCACUGAAUUUCUUAAGGAAGAAAAAUUAGAAGGAGACAAUCGAUAUUUUUGUGAAAAUUGCCAAAGCAAACAAAAUGCAACAAGGAAGAUUCGAUUACUCAGUCUUCCUUGCACUCUUAACUUGCAGCUCAUGCGGUUUGUGUUUGAUAGACAAACUGGACAUAAGAAAAAGCUAAAUACUUACAUUGGCUUCUCAGAACUGCUGGAUAUGGAGCCUUAUAUGGAACAUAAAGCAGGUGGCCACGUUUAUGAACUCAGCGCGGUGCUCAUCCACCGAGGAGUAAGCGCGUACUCGGGCCACUACAUCGCUCACGUGAAAGACCCCCAGACCAGCGAAUGGUACAAGUUUAACGACGAAGACAUAGAAAAGAUGGAGGGGAAGAAAUUGCAACUAGGGAUUGAGGAAGAUCUAGCAGAGCCUUCUAAAUCACAGACUCGUAAGCCGAAAUGUGGGAAAGGAACUCACUGCUCGCGAAAUGCAUACAUGUUGGUGUAUAGACUACAAACCCAAGAAAAGCCCAAUAUGGCGGUUCAAGUGCCAGCUUUCCUCCAGGAGCUGGUGGAACGUGAUAAUUGUAAGUUUGAAGAGUGGUGUAUUGAAAUGGCGGAAAUGCGCAAACAGAGUGUGGAUAAAGGCAAAGCCAAACAUGAAGAGGUGAAGGAGCUCUACCAAAGGUUACCUGCCGGAGCUGAGCCAUAUGAAUUUGUGUCUCUUGAGUGGCUGCAGAAAUGGCUGGAUGAAUCUACACCAACAAAGCCCAUCGACAACCAUGCUUGCCUGUGUUCCCACGACAAACUACACCCGGACAAAAUCUCCAUUAUGAAGAGAAUAUCGGAAUAUGCAGCUGACAUUUUCUACAGCAGAUACGGAGGGGGGCCGAGGCUUAAUGUUAAAGCACUUUGCAAGGAUUGCGUGGUAGAACGAUGUCGAGUAUUGCGAUUGAAGAACCAAUUAAAUGAAGACUAUAAAAUUGUUACAAAUUUGCUAAAAGUUACAGUAAAGAGCAAUGAAGGAUUUUGGGUUGGGAAAUCUUCCUUACGGAGUUGGCGGCAACUAGCUCUGGAACAGUUAGAUGAACAAGAUGGUGAAGUAGACCAAAGUAAUGGGAAAAUGAAUGGUGAUGCCCUAAAUAAAGAUGAAUCAAAAGAAGAAAGAAAAGAUGAGGAGGAAGAAUUGAAUUUCAAUGAAGACAUUCUGUGUCCUCAUGGUGAUUUAUGCAUAUCAGAAAACGAAAGAAGAGUUGUUUCUAAAGAAGCUUGGAGAAAACUCAAACAGUACUUUCCAAAGGCACCUGAAUUCCCCAAUUAUAAAGAGUGCUGUUCACAAUGCAAGGAAUGGAGCUUGAUGCAAAUAUACGAAAUUGAACUUUUCACUUUUGUUCAGAUUCUGGAAAGAGAGGGGGAAGAAAAUGAAGCUUUACAUAAGAUGAUAGCAAAUGAACAGAAGGCUUCUCUCCAGAACCUGUUCCAGGACAAAAGCAGACCAUGCCUUAGUAGCUGGCCACAGGAGACCAAUGUACUCUACAUUGUGUCCCAGUUUUUUCUAGAAGAGUGGAGGAAAUUUGUCAGACGGCCUACCAGAUGUAGCCCGGUAUCAUCGAUAGGAAACAGUGCUCUCCUCUGUCCUCAUGGAGGACUUAUGUUUACUUUUGCUUCCAUGACCAAAGAGGAUUCUAAACUUAUAGCUCUAAUAUGGCCCAAUGAAUGGGAUAGGAUGCAAAAAUUAUUUGUCGUGGAUCACGUGAUCAAAAUCGUCAAAUCAGAAGCAGAAGCAGAUGAUAAAAGCCCCUCGAAAACACUGUAUACUUCUGAGCCUAAACUCUGUCCGGAAUGCCGAGAAGGACUGUUGUGUCAGCAGCAGAGGGACCUGCGUGAGUACACUCAAGCCACCAUCUAUGUACACAAAGUUGUGGAUAAUAAAAAGGUAAUGAAGGAAGCAGCUCCAGAAUUGAAUGUGAGUAGUUCGGAAACUGAAGAAGACAGAGAAGAAGCCAAACCAGAGGGGGAAAAGGACCCAGAUUUUAACCAGGCCAACGGGGGAGCAAAGCGGCAGAAGAUAUCCCAUCAGAAUUACUUAGUCUAUCAAAAGCAGGUCAUUCGUCGGAGCACACGGCACAGGAAGGUGCGGGGUGAGAAAGCCCUGCUUGUUUCAGCUAAUCAGACGCUAAAAGAACUGAAAAUCCAGAUCAUGCAUGCGUUUUCGGUGGCUCCUUUUGACCAGAAUCUGUCUAUCGAUGGGAAGGUCCUGAAUGAUGACACGGCGACCCUCGGCACCCUCGGCGUCAUUCCGGAAUCGGUCAUUUUGUUAAAGGCUGACGAACCAAUCGCUGAUUAUGCCGCAAUGGACGAUGUUAUGCAAGUUUGUAUGCCUGAAGAAGGAUUUAAAGGGACUGGCCUACUUGGACAUUAAUGUUUUGAAACCUGCAAUGCGCUAAGAAGUGACCAGAAGGGAAGAGGAGUUUGACAUGCUAGGGCAUUAAAGAAAAAGUGGAUCUAUAAGAAUAAAUGGUUGCUUGACUCUUCCAGAAGGCAGAAAAAUCCAAUCAAAAGUGACUGCCCCAAAAGCCUUAUGUCAAAUAAAAGCAGAUUGCACUGAAGGACAUCAAACUUCAAGGAAAUGUUUCCAGUUUUAUAUUUAAAGAUGAAAUGUAAGGCCGAACAAGUUUAGUAGCAGUAACCGAACAUCAUGUUUACAUUCAAAACUUUCUAGACGAGGGAGGAAGUAAGAUUCUGUUGUAUUUCCUUGCUCGGAUUUCAUAUCGCAGGCAUUUGUCCCUAGAGGAUUUGUAUUUCCCAUAGGCAAACGACAUCCUGAUCUGUCUUAAAGAGUGAUCCUUUUCCAGGCAUACACCUGCUUCCAAAUAUCUGUCUUUGAUCCACUUGGACACUUUCAAUAAAGCAUGGGAGUAAACAACUUGUAAUUGUGAAGACAUGUCUAGCUUUUUCACACUAUUCACCCCCAGGGUCAGUUGCAGGCCUCUCCCCAAAGCUGCCAGUGGUUGUAAGUUUCUCGAGAGGAAAGGGGCCAGCCCGACUCUAGCCGCCCGGGGGCCACUUACUGUUUUUAAACCUUAGGAGAAGCCUUGACUCUAAAUGGCCGCAGGCUCUCCGGUUCGAUAGAUUUUAGAAAUUUUCACAACUUUUGAUAGCCUCUUCCUCCAGUAUGCCACUGCCAAGAUCCCGGAAAUCUAUCGUACCCUGAAAAUCAAGUUUUUGAAGGCCGAUGAUCUUAUUCAACCUUGACAUUUGCCUCACAAAGCUCGGGAUUUGGUGGGUUAUAUUUGCAUAAUAUGUGACCUGCUACCACAAGACAGUGCUUUCUCUUCUCCCUCUUCCUCCCCCUCCCUCCCUCCAUCACGACCAACUUCUCCCCCCGUGGGUCCAUUGAAGGAAUAUCCUGGAUUUCCUGAGCCAGUCUUCUGCAAUGACCAGAUAGGGUCCACUCCUUCAGACCGAAUAAAAGUUACUGGAAAUCUCCGUACGGAACCCACAGAUGAAAUGGAAUUUUAUCCAUCUUGGCGUUCAAACCAAUGGUGUGGUUAUUUUAGCAGCAGAUCAUUGACCGGUAUUCACAAGGACGCCGAAGGGUUUGUUCUCUUUUUUUAAUAAUGUAACUUCAGACUGGAGUGUAUUUCUUGAUCACAAUGUUUGCUCCAUUGAGUGUAUUGUAUAUGCUAGUGUGUUUCUGGGUGGUUUCUGAGAACUGUGGGAUGCUAGCUUUGGGUCUGGUGGGGAUUUUACUUUGAGGGAUGUGUUGUGGUCAGGGUUUUGGUUUUAUGGGGUGGAGGGGGGAGGGGACCGCAAAAGGAAGGUUUCCACAGAUUCAGUGAGGGAGGGGAAGACAUAGCUCAGUUAACCCGAAGCAUUACGGAUGUCCUGUAAAAGUAGAACUUCUUGUUGGUGUUUUCCCUCUCUGUGUAAUAAACUGUGUGUAAUAACCUGUGCUCUGGGAGGGGGCCGGGGGAGAAUCAACUAGCCCGUGUGGAAUAAUGGGAGCCGCACGAAGAACCGACACAAAUGUCCUCUGAAAAGCAGCCGGAGAGUCCCGAAGGGGGUUUGGAAUGGAGGUGGAUGGCAGCUGAUCUCGAUUUGGGAUUUCCACCUUUUAUUUAGCUCCAGAAUCAGGAAGCCGAGCAGCUUACUCUUUCCCAAGGUAAAGACUUCAGCAGAAGUUCACCAAGCUGCUGUCGAUACUUGACGAACAGCUUCCUUUUCCCUGCUUAGGGCUGGUUUGCCCCAGGGUUGCCCUCCUCUCUCACCUACACCGCCCCCAGAAACCGAAUCUAUUUUUAAUUUUUUCAAUUGGCCGUCGUUACGUUUCUUUCGUUCCAGGGUAUUUUCCUGUAGAUAAAAUUGUCGCAAAGCCGUCUUGCAGUUUUACCGACGGGAAAUUGUAAACUGGCAGUGUGGGAGCAAACCCAGCCGCAGAGCACCGUCUUGGGGGAUUCCUAAUGACCCCCGGCUGGCUGUGCUUACAACUGUGCACCAGGGGAACAGGUUCAGGAUGUGAGCAGAGGCCCGUUAAUUGUUCUGUCUGUAUUUGCAAAUGCGUUGGACUAAAGCCGUGGAAGACUUAUUAAAGAGCGUAGCCGGUGUCUAUAUUCUCUCAGAUUCUUAAGGUGUUGCAUCCAUGUAGGAUUUUAUCUUAGACUGGAGUCGCCUGUGGGAAGUCUGUACUUAAAAGGUUUUUCCUUGUACCUCUCUCCAUUCAGUCUGAACUAAUUUGUUGAGCAGACAACGAAAUGUAAAGAGCCUCAUUUUGGGGCAGAAUCUGGAAUACAAUUUGCCUCAGCUGUACCUUGGUUUUACUUGGGGAAUAAGAACAUUUCUGUGUAAUGCAAGUUGCGAUGAUUAGAAUUACUGUUAAAAAAUUUUAUGCUAAAUUAAAAGAGUGCAUCCCUUAUUUUCAUGGGCAUCAUGA